UCAGAAAACAAAAAAAAUCCAUCUCCACAACUACAAGUCUUUCAUUAGCAACCAUGAAGAGCUUCAUGGAACCCCGACUGUGGGUUCUGGUGGCUCUGGUAACCACCUUCGCUGCCACGGCAAAUGCCGACUCCACGUGGAAGCCCGACUUGCCACUGCCACAUCUUCCUUAUAUUUACAGCUCACCACCGCCACCACCUUACAAGUAUGAAUCUCCUCCUCCACCGCCUUACAAGUACAAAUCACCACCACCGCCACCUUACAAAUAUGAGUCGCCUCCACCACUACCUUAUAAAUAUAAGUCGCCACCUCCUCCACCCUACAAGUAUGAGUCUUCACCACCACCACCUUACAAAUACGAGUCGCCUCCACCACCGCCUUAUAAGUAUAAAUCGCCACCGCCUCCACCCUACAAGUAUGAGUCUCCACCACCACCACCAUACAAGUACAAGUCACCUCUACCACCACCAUACAAAUAUGAAUCUCCACCACCACCACCUUAUAAGUAUGAAUCACCCCCACCACCACCAUACAAAUAUAAGUCACCACCACCUCCUCCCUAUGUGUACAAGUCACCCCCGCCACCGCCAUACAAGUACGAAUCACCUCCACCACCUCCUUACAAGUAUGAGUCUCCACCACCACCACCAUACAAGUACAAGUCACCUCCUCCACCGCCAUACAAAUAUGAAUCUCCCCCGCCUCCACCAUACAAGUACGAAUCACCUCCACCACCACCCUACAAAUACAAAUCUCCACCACCGCCGCCUUAUAAGUAUGAAUCACCUCCACCUCCGCCGUACAAAUAUGAGUCUCCCCCACCACCACCUUACAAGUACAAGUCACCUCCACCACCACCAUACAAAUAUGAAUCUCCACCACCACCACCAUACAAGUAUGAAUCACCACCACCACCACCAUACAAAUAUAAGUCACCACCACCUCCUCCUUAUGUGUACAAAUCUCCCCCACCACCACCUUACAAGUACGAAUCACCUCCGCCACCACCCUACAAAUACAAGUCUCCACCACCACCUGCUUACAAGUACAAGUCACCUCCACCACCGCCAUACAAAUACGAAUCUCCACCACCACCGCCAUAUAAGUAUGAAUCACCUCCACCUCCACCCUACAAGUACAAGUCUCCACCACCACCGCCAUAUAAGUAUGAAUCACCUCCACCUCCACCCUACAAGUACAAGUCUCCACCACCACAUCCUUACAAGUACGAGUCACCUCCACCACCGCCAUACAAAUACGAAUCUCCACCACCACCUCCAUAUGUUUACAAGUCUCCACCACCACCGCCCUACAAGUAUGAAUCGCCUCCACCUCCACCCUACAAGUACGAGUCUCCUCCACCACCACCAUACAAGUACAAGUCACCUCCACCACCACCAUACAAAUACGAAUCUCCACCACCACCUCCAUAUGUUUACAAGUCUCCACCUCCACCGCCCUACAAGUAUGAAUCACCUCCUCCUCCACCCUACAAGUACAAGUCUCCACCACCACCAUACAAGUACGAGUCGCCUCCACCACCACCAUACAAAUACGAAUCUCCACCACCACCUCCAUAUGUUUACAAGUCUCCACCACCACCCCCUUACAAGUAUGAAUCACCUCCACCACCGCCAUACAAAUAUGAGUCACCACCGCCUCCUCCUUAUGUGUACAAGUCUCCCCCACCACCACCUUACAAAUAUGAGUCACCACCACCUCCUCCUUAUGUGUACAAGUCUCCCCCACCACCACCUUACAAAUAUGAAUCACCACCACCACCACCCUACAAAUACGAGUCACCACCACCACCACCGUACGUCUACAAGUCUCCACCACCACCACCUUACAAGUAUGAGUCACCACCUCCUCCUCCAUAUCUAUACAAAUCCCCACCACCACCGCCUUACAAAUACGAAUCACCUCCACCUCCACCUUACAAGUAUGAGUCACCUCCACCACCACCCUACAAAUACAAGUCACCUCCACCUCCUCCUUAUGUUUACAAAUCUCCACCACCGCCACCAUACAAAUAUGAGUCACCACCACCUCUUCCUUACAAAUAUAAAUCUUCACCAACACCACCUCAGAAGGAUGACUGUCCACCACCAUCAUACCAGUACAAAUCUCCACCACCUCCACCACACAAGUACUAAUCACCCUACACUCCCCAUCUCCCCAUCCACCGUGAUCCAGUUUGUUAUUAUAUCCCUUCACCUCCUUCAGAUUAUUUAUUUACCAAAACCACCAUCAUUAUCACAUUCAAACAAACCGUGGUUCUUUUUCUGGUUGCUUCAUUCAUAUUGCGUAAAUAAAGGCCUCGCCUCUCUUCUAGUAUCCAUAAUGUUCAGUGUCCUGUCAAGGAGUUGCGGACAAGAAAGAGUGGAUGAUCGAUGCUUGCAAUCUUUUUCUUUGAUCGUAAUUGUAACUUAUGUUUGUCAAUGUACUUUAUAUAAUUAAUGGAUUUUUUUAUAUCAA